GACAUCUAAAACGAUUUACGGCGUUGUUUAUUAACUCCUAUUUGAACUCGUGUGGACGAAGGGCGAAGUAACCAGCUAUCGACACUACUUAAUUGCAAGGAUUUAUUGAUAAGGGACAUUAUAAUUGAAGGCUGCUACGGUCUCAGGCAGUGACAUGGCCAACCCUCUGAGGAGUGAGGUUAGACAGCUGUACAAGAACCUCCUGUUUUUGGGACGGGAAUACCCCAAAGGCGCAGACUACUUCAGGGAACGUCUGAAGAGUGCCUUUAUGAAGAACAAAGAUGUCACAGACCCCAAGGAGAUCAGAAAGCUAGUUGACCGUGGGGAAUUUGUGAUAAAGGAACUGGAGGCCCUGUACUAUCUGAGGAAGUACAGAGCCAUGAAGAAGCGUUACUACGAAGAAGAAUUGUCCGCCGUGCUGAAUAUAGGCAGACCGGUAGACUGAUAGCCUAGCUAUUUGGUGGCUGGAUCUUCAGUGUGCGAGUUUUAGUUUAGCCGUCCAUGAACAAGACUGUUAUUAGCAACACAAACGUCCUUAAUUAAACACAAAUGUUAGGUAUAUAUUACAGACAAGUGUUAUGAGCUACACUUGCCACUCUGACCCACCUCGAAGUGUGGAAUGACAUCAACCAAAUGACUUCAUACAGUUCAAAUGACUACAGUUCUCUUGUGUACAUAAUUGUAAAUAAUACAUGAUAGAAUGUAUUGAUAGCGUGUACAAAGUAAUGUAAUUUAAUUAUAUAAAUUGGAGACACAGCUAUUUCAAAUGAAUGUUUAUUUUAAAUGUACAACACUGAUAGCCCUAUUUUUGAAAUAAAUGAGAAACAAGUCA